AUGGCAGGCACAACAUCUUCGCGCAGGUAUGGAAAGAGGACAGCCAGGUCCAAGGCGGAGCGACUAUUUGCAGAGCUUCCCCAGAGCCCCUUGAGGAGGAAGCCUGAAGUGCAGGUUGAUGACAAAGCCGUGGAUGAGUUGACUGAGAACCUUUCUGUCAUAAAAAUCUCGGCCGAACAGACAUCAUCUUGUGUUCCUGCAGAGGUUUUUGAGGAGAAAGAGGAGGACAAUGAACAUCUCAAACCCGAGGACCCGCCAGUUUCAGACGCUUGCCCGCAAGAGAGCAUCCAGGAAGUGGCUGCAACCGGAACUCUUCGGCGAGAACCAGAGGACUAUCAACAAUUUGUGGUAGAGGAUCACCACCAGAGCCAUGUCGAGGAGCCUGGAUUGGAUGAAGGGGAUGCCGGCGAUGUUUCGUUACGAAUGUUAAGCUGGGAGGAUAUUUGUCCUCCGGGAGAUCAAAUCACCAAAAUUGCGGAGGCAUCUUUCGCCGAGGUAUACCGUGUCAGCAAUGAGAGAGGCACGAGCAUUAUCAAAGUCAUGCGGCUCGAUUCGCCUCUCAAGGCGCAGACAAAAGCACAGGUCCGGUCCGGGCUGGUCGAUGAAGAACCACGCUCGGGAGAAGACGUUGAGGGAGAACUCCAAAUAUCAGAGUGGCUGGCCGACAUACCUGGCUUCGUCGUUUACAAGGAACGCUAUAUAGUGCAAGGGAAAGCACCCCGGCAGUUGAUUGAAACCCAUCAGGCGUUCCAAAAGAAACUGAAGAAACAGGAUCCCGGCCGAGCACAAUUUUAUCCUUCCCCCACCAGAUAUCUUCCAGAUACGAAAUUCCUUGUCGUCGAACUUGGUGAUGCGGGUAAGGCUUUGGAAGACUGGGAGCUUACAAGCAUGGAUCAACUAUGGGAUGUGUUUUUUCUCCAAGCCAUUGCGCUGGCCCGAGCCGAGGAUGUGGCCAUGUUUGAGCAUCGUGACCUCCAUGAAGGCAACUUAUGCCUCAAGCAGGUGUCAUCUCCCCGCAAGAGGCAUCCGGACUCAUCGGGGUACUUUGGAUACUCAGGACUUGAGAUCACAAUACUGGAUUAUGGCCUGUCCAGGGCUGAAGACCUCAGCAUCGACUACGCCAAGCCAGUCGCCUAUGACCUGGAAAAGGAUCUCAGCCUCUUUACGAGCACUCAUGCACCGCAAUGCAAGAAGCACGACAGCGCCUACGCAGGAGGGAUCGAUGGGCCAAUUUCAUGGGAUGCAUAUGCACCCUACACCAACGUUCUCUGGCUUGCAUACCUUUAUGAGUAUCUCGUCAAUAAUUUUGCAGGAAGCAAGAAAGAACUGAAAGACUUUAAGAAGCUUACUGGAGAGAUGUGGGGAUAUUUGAACCCCGAGGCGAAAUCCAAUGUCCCCUGUUUUGGGAGCGCAGAAGACAUUGUCGGCUUUGCGGUUGAAGCUGGGUGGGUGAGAGAAGACCAGCUGAUGGAGUUGGGACAUUCGAUUUUGGAAAAAGAGGAUAGCAUCAUCAUAUCCAAGGCAGAGGAUGAUGUCGACGAUGCCUCAGUGAGAAGGUCUCCCCGCAGGAAACGGUGA